CAAAAUGAUCGAAUGUUUUUUUAUCUCUAUAGUCGAUAACGCGAGGUGUAAUUCGCCCGGCGCGCGUUGAAUAAUUGAUGAAUUGCGUCGACGCGAUAAGCCUUUGGCGAAUUAUCGAAUAUAAAACUCGCGGAUUUAAUUUUCCUUUUGUUUGCAGUGACUGAGAGCCGUAUCUAUAAUGAGCUACACGGCAAUAUUUUUCAUUUCAUUACGAUUUUAGUGCUCGAUUAUAAGCCUGUAUCCGAGCAUAUUUUAAACGCUUCGCUGAAAGGAGACGGCCUCAGUUGCUUGUUCGACGCUCGCAUCAACAUGACGACGGCAGUUAAAUUGUCCGGCGUUUUGGUGUUAUUGCUGGCGGUGCAAUGCCAGAGUCAAAAACGCCUGUCACUGAAGGAGUACCUGCCGACUCAGCUUCGGCUACUGGAGACCAUAGCCGAGCGUUUGGACAGCAUCGACACGGCACUGCAGAAGGUCCAAGCCGCGGUGGAAGUGAGCGAGAACGAGACACCCGAAGAACCGUCUGUCGAGUCGAGAAGAGACCUGGACAGUGAGAAUAUUCAGUCCAGAAAGGGACUUCCACCUGUUUGGAUGCCGUCGGUUACAGACGUUCCAUCUGCUGGAGACAGCGUGGAGAAACAACCGAGUCAUGAUAUUAGCAGUCCUUCGAGGAGGGGACAGAACACGAUCGAUAACAAUAUACUGAACUGGGCUCAGAGGAAGCGUCAGCUCGAUUACGACCAGCCAUGGCUCAACGGGACUAACCCAGAGGACGAUCAAGUCACGACCGAUUAAAGCUCAACCCGUCAGCGAGAGGUCGCAUCGAUACACCAAUUUCCACAGCAGAAUAACCAAUACACAUCAAAUAUUCAAUGCUCUGUCGCGGGCAGGUCGAAAUGAUAAUACACAGAAAAAUCCUCUCAUUC